AUGGAGACGCAGUAUGGGUAUAGAAGGAAGGCGCGGAUUGCACUAAUAGCCAUCACAGUGCUUACUUCUCUGGCUUUGCUCGCAUUGCUAGUUGCCCUCAUUUACUAUUGCUACAGAAGGAGCAAGGCUUCCAAGCGCCACGAGAACCAAUCAUAUAUUGAAGAUGCCGGUCAUAAUCUGAAAAGUGACCUUGCAAAUCUGCAAGUUGUUGCUGAUAAUGGGCUUCAAGUGUUCACUUGCAAACAGUUGCAUUCUGCAACCAAAGGUUUUAGCAAAUCAAAUGUAAUUGGCCGCGGCACAUUCGGACUUGUCUACCGGGGAGUGCUCAACAAUGGCAGGAAUGUCGCAAUUAAAUUCAUGGAUGAGGAACGAAAGCAAGGAGAAGAAGAAUUUAAAAUAGAGGUGGAAUUGCUUGGUCGGCUGCGCUGUCCAUAUUUGGUGAAACUGCUUGGGUAUUGCUCUGAUAGAAAUCAUAAAUUGCUGGUUUAUGAGUUCGUGGCAAAUGGGAGCCUGCAAGAUCAUCUUUAUCCAGUCAAAAAUUCUUACGUCACACCCAUGAAAUUGGACUGGAACACCCGGUUAAGAAUAGCGCUGGAGGCUGCUAAGGGUUUGGAAUAUCUACAUGAACAUGUGAGUCCCCCAGUUAUCCACAGAGAUUUUAAGAGCAGUAACAUCCUCUUAGACAAACAAUUCAAUUCAAAGGUUUCUGACUUUGGGUUGGCCAAGAUUGGAUCCGAUAAAGCUGGCGGACAUGUUUCCACUCGAGUUUUGGGCACACACGGAUAUGUUGCCCCUGAAUAUGCAUUAACUGGACACUUAACAAUCAAAUCAGACGUAUACAGUUUUGGAGUUGUACUUCUCGAGCUGUUAACCGGUCGAGUACCGGUUGAUAUGGAGAGACCUUCGGGGGAAGGUGUUCUUGUUUCUUGGGCCAUGCCCCUAUUGAAUGAUAGAAGAAAUGUUACAAAGAUUGUGGAUCCCACACUGGAAGGUCAGUACUCAAUGAAGGAAGUUAUCCAGGUAACCGCCAUUGCUGCACUGUGUGUGCAACCCGAGGUAGAUUAUAGGCCUCUAAUGGCAGACGUUGUGCAGUCAUUGGCUCCAUUGGUGAAGGCCCGGGGGGAGACAACCUCAAAGCUUGGUAACUACCCAAGUUUCCAUGUCCAUGAGUUAUCCCCACCUCAGGAUUCAGUCAAAGCAACUAUGGACUUCAAAUUGAUGAAGGGACUAGAUCGGUAUAUUUUGAUUUGUUCUGAAAAGACCUGCUCAACGUCCAUGUCUUUAAGGUUUGAGGGUGAUGAAUGCUUCAAAGGAAUCCUUCCUUAG